AAGACCACAGUCACAAUGCUGUUCGUCAUCAGAUCCUAUCUUGUCGGAAGAUUUCGCAGUUUUCACAACAGUGACAACUGCUUCGUCAUAAUGAUGUUCUGCAACCGUCUGAUUGGAGUGUGGGACUAUCCGGAAAGCGACACCGAUCGAUUCCAUUUGGUCAAACGGAUUCUGAUCAACUUCUCUUUCAUCUACACUGUGCUUGAGGUGAUGUCCUUGGUUCCGGUGGUCAAAGCCUCCGGGGUCAGCGAAAACAUCAGUUCCUUGUUUCUGGUUAGCUCCCGUGUGUUUUGCCUUGCCAUAUGGUGCUCGUUGGCAGUUUACCGUAAAGAUUUGAAGAGAAUCUUCAUGUAUUUGUUGAAAGUUCAACAGGAAGCCGCCGACGAUUCUCGUCGUAAGUCAAUCCGAUACGUCAACUGGUUCACAUUCUCAUUCCUGGUACUGAACCUUACCCCGUUGACGGUGUGGAUCAUAAAUGGUCAGGCUGGUUCACCUAUUUCAGUCUUCGGACAUCCCUGGAUAGAGGGACUCAAUAUAGUAGCCUACCCCGUUGCCGUAUUCUUGAUAACGGUAAUGUUAUGCUACGCAGUCAUCCUGGUCCUUUCGAUCAUGUCGGCCCUUACGCUAGAAUUUUACCUGCUUGGCUUAGAUUUCCAGCAAAUUUUCGAAGCCAAACCCCAGGACGGUAACACCAUCAACUGGACAACCAUCGAACAAGCCUUCAACCGUUACAUAGAUCGUCAUCAAACACUUCUGAAUAAGGCAGACUUAUUCCGAGAACUACUCAAAAUUAACUUUUUGAUACAACUACUCGUCAACUUCUUUCUCAUUGUACUAAACUCCUUCAUGUACAUUCUGAUGCAGCGAAACGAAAGCUCCGGAUUUGCGUUCUCCGUCUUCGCCGUGCUAACCCUCACGAUGAACAUGAUGCUGAACGGUUUCCUGUGUGAUCAAUUGGAAGAGCAGGUGUCAUCCAUCAACCAUCGGCUGUAUAGCUCUGGUUGGACAGACAAACUGAUGCACACGAAAGCGUUCAACCAGCGUUACAAGAAUCUACGCCAGAUGGUGCUCAUAGUGAUGCAGCGUACCCAGAAACCAAUUGGAUUUACCUGCGGUAGCCUGUUCGAGAUGUCCUUGAUAACCUGCCGAAAGGUGCUGUGGUUCAUUUAUACGGUGUUGGCCGUGCUGAUGAGUUUGCUGGAGUGAUGGGCGAAGUUAGUUGUCAACAGUGAAGAGGACACUGCUAUUGAUCAAUGUGAAAUA